GUGCUGCCGGUAUUAAUGGCGUUCGAUUGAAAAGAAGCGGACAAGCUCCUGCCAGCGAUGGAUGCCUCCCGGCUCCCGGCGAGUCAUUAACGACGCUGCCCUCAUGGGCAUCUUGUCAAACGAAGGCCAGACAUAUCCGUUCCUCGCAGCCAUCUUCGAUUUCCUCUGCCGCCAUAUUGACUUCUACCACAUCAAGUCCUCCCAGUCUGACAAACUCGGAUUUUCUCUUGGUGUCGCGAGGAGUAUCGUGAGAGCUGCUUUCGAGUCGUACAACAAGCUCGCAGAUGAAGUGCAAAAGAAGAAAGACGCUGCUGUGCCGGUCGUUACACAACCCGAAGAGCCGGUUCCACUCGCAGCCGAAGUGGAAGUUCAGACCACCGCCUCGGAUGAUACGAUCGACUCAACGAUGAGCGAAAGUGUGGCGGCCGAACCGGUGAAGACCGUCCCCGCGGCAGCAAUGUCAAAGUCUCAGUGCUCACAGAAGGGCGAUGCCGACAAUGUCAAGCCCACAAAAGAUGGCAAAGCAGAUGGACCCAGUGUUAGCACCCCAAAGGCUGGCGAUGCGAACGAUGGCCCCGAAUACGAUCCGUCGGUCCCGACAUGACAUCGCAGAACCAGGCCCGCGUGACCAUCAACACCAACCACCUCAAGGUGGAGUUGCUAGAUCUGGCAACCAAGACGUGGUCAGUGCACGUGGGAACUCCCGCAUCAAUCUCGACGAGUCCAUCUGGACUCUUGUGCCCGGAGACCACGUACUGGUGAAUCUGGAGAAGGCUACCGAGUUGUGGUGGGAGCGGCUGCUCGUGAAUGAGCCCAAGAUCAACAUCCGUGCCAUCGACCCGACCAAGCCCUUCGAGGACCUGGACCCGGAGUCCUAGGCCAAGAUCCAGGAACCGACUUACAACAGGCUCCUCAAGCAGGCUGUACAGAAGGCGCCCCAGGUAGAGAAAGUGGAGAACCCUCUCCGCAAAGCUUGGGACAAGGACGGGUCGCCGUUCAAGGGGCAGCCCUUUGACCCCGGCAUCGUGAACAUGAGCGCCGUCAACAGUGACAUGUGACAAACUUCAUCUUCACCGCAUCUUUUGGUUCUUGUCUUGGCCUCGAACACUACGUGCGCAUCGACCGAAAGUGUGUGCUUUGUGUGGGCCACCUGGAGUUGGCUGAAUGUGUCACAGUGAAGUGUCUUUUGCGUGUGAACUCUGGAUGCCCUCUGCUCAUCAAGAACUGGCCUUUGCCCUCUUGCUACAAGAACAGUCUGUGACCUGUGCGUGGUGCUCCUGAAUUCAGUGAGGUGGCAGAACUGUAACUGCUGGAAUCUCACCAGCAGAAGAAAAAAAGACGACUUUGAGAAGACUUGCGUCGGCUACAUAGUAGCCUUGCAAACACAGCAGAUCAUCUGCUACAGUUCUCUCUUCUCAGUGGUGUACAGUCUAUCCAAUAAGGGCAUCGGAACGAAUGCCUCCUCGCGACUGCUGCUAGUCCUCGCAGUGAAGAGCAACAGAUCUUGCGCUUAAUAUACAAAAUUUUCGUCAUUCUUAGACACUAAGCUUCAUCAGAGUUGGAGGUUCACCCAUUAAAGUGUUUUAGCAGGGUCAAA